AUGGGUUUUUCGUACCAAACUGGAUCGCGCAACAUUAAAGCCCAGGGCCCCCUCGGGCUCUUGGUAGUCAAGGGCCCCUGGGCACUGGCCCCAUUGGCCCUGUCAGUAAUCCAUCCCUGUCUGCGUGCACAGUUUUUAUUGCUCUUUACAAUUUGUCAUAAACUCUUCUUCAUCCUCUGUUCUGAUCAAGGUUGCAGCCUCACAUCUCUCUACAGGAUGCCCUGCAUAAAGCCUCAAACGAUUGCUGCUGCUCAGAAAACAUACUUCACAAAAGUACAUGGGCUGCCAAACAUCUCCCCCUUGGUAAGUUCGGUAGAGGAGACACCUGAGCCCAUCCCCACCACAGUCAAAGGCACCAUCCCAACCUGGAUCCAUGGGAGUCUGCUGCGGAAUGGUCCAGGAAAGUUUGAGUUUGGGAAUCAGCACUAUAACCACUGGUUUGAUGGCAUGGCUUUGAUGCAUCGCUUUCAGAUUGAGGAUGGUCAGGUGACGUACAGAAGCCGUUUUUUGCACAGCGAUUCGUAUAAGCAGAACAGCGAGAGGAACCGCAUCAUAGUGUCAGAGUUUGGCACUUUGGCUCUACCUGAUCCCUGCAAGAACUUCUUUCAGCGCUUCCUGUCCAGAUUUGAAAUGAUAAAGCCAACAGAUAAUGCCAGUGUCAACUUUGUUAAAUACAAGGGUGACUAUUACGCCAGCACAGAGACAAACUACAUGCACAGAGUGGAUCCAGAUACUUUGGAGUCUAAACAGAAGGUGGACUGGAGCAAGUUCAUCGCUGUGAAUGGUGCUACUGCUCAUCCACACUUUGACCCAGACGGCACAGCUUACAACAUGGGCAACUCAUACAGAAACAAAGGGGCUUUCUAUAACAUCAUCAGGGUGCCACCAGAAAGAGACGGCCCAGAAGAUAACCUAGAGGGAGCCAAGAUAUUAUGCUCUAUCGCCCCUCGUGACAAAUCCAAACCCUCCUAUUACCACAGCUUUGGCAUGUCAAAGAACUAUGUAGUGUUCAUCGAGCAGCCCAUUAAGAUGGAUCUGUUUAAGAUAGUGACUGGUAGACUAAGGGGGAAAUCGCUAAAUGAGGGUGUUUACUGGGACCCCAACCAGGAAACCACAUUCCACCUUAUUGACAAACAAACUGGAAAGGAGAUGCCAGUGAAGUACCAUGCCAAGGCCUUGUCCACCUUCCAUCAGAUCAAUGCUUUUGAGCAGGAUGGAUUCCUCAUGCUAGACAUGUGCUGCUCUGAUGACGGACAGGCCAUAAACAACUUCCUCGUCCAGAACCUGCGUCAGUCAGGAGAGGCUUUGGAUGAGAUGUAUAACACCAUGAGCAGGCCACUGCCCCGUCGUUUUGUGCUGCCUCUCAACAUCAGCAGUGAAACCCCACUGGAACAGAACCUCAACACACGGCCUGACAGCACCGCUACCGCUGUCUGCCGUACCAAUAACCAGGUAUUUUGCACGUUUGAGGAUCUCCAUGGCGAAGACCUGAAAGACUACGGUGGCUUGGAGUUUCCACAUAUUAACUAUGCCAGAUAUAACACCAAACCUUAUAGAUACUACUAUGGUUGUGGCUUCCGACACCUAGUGGGUGACUCCCUAAUUAAGAUGGAUCUGGAAAGCAAAAAGUUCAAGGUAUGGCGCCAGCCUGAUCUCUAUCCAUCAGAGCCUGUCUUCAUUCCUUCACCCAAUGCUGAGAAAGAGGACGAUGGAGUCAUCCUGUCUGUGAUUAUCACACCAGUUAAGGAUAAGAGUACAUUUCUUUUAGUCCUAGAUGCCAAAACAUUUGAAGAGCUGGGAAGAGCCGAAGUACCUGUCAACAUUCCUUAUGGAUUCCACGGAGUCUUCAACUCUAGUGCAUGAAGCUCUUUGGAUCACUCCAACAAAAUAACAAAUGACAAGUAGCUCUUCAAAAUGGUUACUACACCAGUUGCCUGCUGCUAUUAAAAGCAAGAGACUAACAGAACAAUAUAUCUAUGAAAUCAGCCCAAAGAGAUCCUCCACAUAUCAACCUCCUAUUGUUUUUUUUAAAAGAACGACAUAUACUUUAUAGUUACAGUUAAUUUUCAGUUUUUAAUGUUAAUUUUAACAUUGUGUUGUUCCUGUAGACCUGUCAGAAUGCAAUGUAGGCUUUGCAAAGCGGCUUUUAUUUAUGGGAAGAAAAAGAGCUUUUUGAAUUCUGUGGGUCAGAAAGAGGAUGGAAAUCGUAAUGUAACACUAAAUUAUGGGUUUUGGUGCUAAACAUUAUGGUGAACCGCAGGGGAAAAAUACUUAAAAAAA